GAAGUCAGCUACUUUGCAUACUGUGGGUGCAAUAGUAACUUUCCUAGAUGGAACCUUGUGCCUUACAUUUAGAUCUCAUUUGAAAAAUUUGAAAUUUGCAUAGUGGGUAUAACUUCUGUGAAAGUUCGCCCAAAUGGAAAAAGGCACCAUGAUCUGUAGUGGUCUAUAAACAAAAAUGUAGUGCCUAAUUUUCAAAAGCUGAGAUCUCUGUAUUACCCACAUUUGUAUUUACCUCUAAUUGCAUAUGCACUUAGUUAAUGCAUAUGCAGGUGAAAGUAUUCCAGUGCAUGCAGUUAGUCAGUUUGAGCACCUAAUGUGAAGUAUUCAUAUGAAUUCCCUGCCCUUUUGAAAUACGGCCCUUAUAGUAUAACACAGUGCUUGUUGAUGUGCUUUUAAAUCUAUUCUGUGUUGCUUUGUGGAUGGUUUCAACUGUUUUUCUUUGUAAGAAUUUUCUAGUUUGGUGUGUUAGAGAAGAGAAUUCUUCACCCAGUUGGCUACCAGAUGCUGUAAAUUUUUUUAGCUUUUCAUGUAUGACAAACUUUCUUGAAAAAAAUAAAACAAAAAAGAUCUUGCUGUCAGGAGAGUUACCUAGGAAGAUGCUAUUAAUUUUCUUUGAAGAGAUGUCCAAUAUAUGUCAUUUCACAAAGUGGAGUCCUGUGGGGCCUUGUGUAGAUAUAUCAGUAUGAAGUCUCAUUUGCCAGCUGACAAUCUAACCUUCAAGCCGAUUCAUAUCUCUAUGAAACUGUCUGUCACCUGCUGCUUGUUCUAUGUUCAAUAUGCAUUUCCGGUUGAAUCUAGAGUAUUACUUCUUCCCCUCCCCCCCCCUCCACCCCCUUGUUGUGGCUAAUUGCUCAGUUCUUGGUGAAGCAAAAGUAUUAUUUAGUUUUAGAACAUCUUCAUUUAGUUUUAUUUCUUCCCUUCAUUGGGAUACCAUUUUUUGUCUAUUAAACCUUGAUUGCCUGUUCUCCAUCGUUUUUCUUUACCAUUCUACUGCUCCUAUUUGUGGAGCUCUGUUCCUCCUAACUGGAGGACUGCUUCUUCAGUGUCAACUUUAGUGGCUCCUUUUCCCAACUCCUUCGCACAUUCAAGUCCUUCUUUAAACACUCUCCAAGGUUUAGCCCUCUCCUCUUUUUAUCUCUUGGUGAUCUCAUCCUCUUGCAUGGUUUCAGCAACCACCUCCAGACAGAUAAGUCCUAAAUUCACACUAUCACCCCCCUCUGUCCAGCAGUGCAUCUUCAACUGUACUGCUCACUAAUCAAAAACCGUCUCCAAAACUGAACUUUUCUCAUCUUGAAAGCUCUUUUAUCCUUCUUGUCUCAGACUCUGAACCUCAGUUUCCUCUGACUUUCUUCUUCUUCUCAUCCCUAUAACCACCAUCAUGGAGUUCUGGCAUUUUCCUUUUCAAUAUCACUACAGUCUGCUCAUUAUUCAUUAUGCCUGCUGCUGAGACCCUUGUCCAGGCCUUGUUGAUCUGUUGGCUUGAUUACAGCCCUGUUUGCUGGAUUGGGCAAUCCAGGUUUGCUCUCCACAGAGUUCUAGUGCAAGUCUUCUAGCUCUCAUCCAACACACACCAUCUCUCUUUCCUCCUUGGUAGCUCUUCAAAUCAUGUUUUACCAAGACACCAGGCCUUCUGAUCUCUGAAGAACACUUCAGUGCAGCAGACUUGGUCUGGUUUAUUUUUACUCCAGUUAUUCUAGAAACUAGUAUUUGAAUAAGAGCUCUUUCUCCCAUAAGCAAUCUCCUGCUUAAUUCUUCAAUGAAGUUAUAUGUAGGUGUUUGAUGCUGCACUGUUGCCAUGUGAAUUGUGAGGUUGUAAAUUCUAAAAUGGACUACAAGGAGCCUUUGUUUAAUCAUAAAUAUAAAUAUCAUAUUUAACAAAAGGAACUAGGAAAUCAUAAAUAGCAUGUGCAAGUAUAAAUACAUUUUGUUUUUAUGGGGUGGUUUUCAGUGUGUGGUAUAUUUGGAAUUGAAGGUAUAUUACUGCCAUUGUAGUUGGUGAAGGUACACUAUUAUAUAGGAGAGGAGAAUUGGGUUAGGAGAAACCCAUGUACUUUUGCCAAAAGCUCAUUUAUAUUUCAGAUACUAGUUACCCUCUGAUUCUGCAUGGUAGAAAGAUUCCAUGUUGAUAACCGUGUAUACAUCAUUCCUGUAAAUAAGCAGGUACUCUCUUUUGGAAAUUACCUAUUACAAUAUGGACACCAGUAAAAAGACAGAACCCCCUGUGUCUGUAGAAAUGGUACAACAAAGGGCGAACCCUGAUCACACUCCUGGAUCAAUUUACGUUCCAGAACAAGGUGGUUACAAAGAGAAAUUCGUAAAUACAGUGGAGGACAAAUAUAAAUGUGAAAAGUGUCAUCUCAUACUGUGCAAUCCUAAACAGACGGAAUGUGGACACAGAUUCUGUGAAACCUGCAUUAAUGCAUUGUUAAGUUCUUCUAGUCCAAAAUGUACAGCGUGUCAAGAGAACAUAGUUAAAGAUAAGGUAUUUAAGGAUAACUGCUGUAGGAGAGAGCUUCUUGCCCUUCAGAUAUAUUGCAGAAAUGAAAACAAAGGCUGCAAUGAACUACUAACGCUGGCACAAUUACUGAUGCAUUUGAGAAAUGACUGUCAGUUUGAAGAACUUUCAUGCCACCGUGCUGAUUGCAAAGAGAAAAUACUGCGGAAGGACUUGCCAGACCAUGUAGAAAAGACCUGUAAAUAUCGGGAGACUACAUGUAAAUACUGUAAAAGCCAAGUCCCAAUGAUUACAUUACAGAAACAUGAAGAUACAGACUGUCCCUCUGUCGCGGUUUCAUGUCCUCAUAAAUGCAGUGUUACAUCACUCUUGAGAAGGGAGUUGAAUGCACAUUUGUCAGAAUGUAUUAAUGCCCCAAGUACCUGUAGUUUUAAGCGUUAUGGCUGCACUUUUCAGGGAACAAAUCAGCAAAUUAAAGCACAUGAAGCCAGCUCAGCAGUGCAGCAUGUAAAUUUAUUGAAAGAAUGGAGUAAUUCUCUAGAAAAUAAGGUGGCCAUGCUCCAGAAUGAAAGUUUGGAAAAGAACAAGAGUAUACAAACUUUACAUAAUCAGAUUUGUAGCUUUGAAAUAGAAAUUGAAAGACAGAAGGAAAUGCUGCGGAAUAAUGAAUCUAAAAUACUUCAUUUACAGCGAGUGAUAGACAAUCAAGCAGAGAAAUUGAAAGAACUAGAUAAAGAGAUCCGCCCCUUCCGACAGAAUUGGGAGGAGGCAGACAUCAUGAAGAGCAGUGUGGAGUCCCUCCAGAAUAGAGUGAGUGAACUGGAAAGCGUUGAUAAAACUGCAGGACAAGGAGCUCGAAAUACAGCCGUACUAGAGACACAGCUAAGUAGACACGAUCAAAUGCUGAGUGUUCAUGAUAUUCGGUUGGCUGACAUGGACCUCCGAUUCCAGGUUUUAGAAACUGCCAGUUACAAUGGAGUAUUAAUUUGGAAAAUUCGAGAUUAUAAACGUCGGAAACAAGAGGCUGUCAUGGGGAAGACUCUGUCCUUGUACAGCCAGCCUUUUUAUACUGGUUACUUUGGCUAUAAGAUGUGUGCCAGAGUUUACCUUAAUGGAGAUGGCAUGGGAAAAGGGACGCACUUGUCAUUGUUUUUCGUCAUAAUGCGUGGAGAAUAUGAUGCCUUACUUCCUUGGCCAUUUAAACAGAAAGUGACUCUGAUGCUAAUGGAUCAGGGACCUUCUCGACGUCACUUAGGAGAUGCUUUCAAGCCAGACCCAAACAGCAGUAGUUUCAAGAAGCCUACUGGAGAAAUGAACAUUGCAUCUGGCUGCCCAGUCUUUGUGGCUCAAACAGUUCUAGAAAAUGGAACGUAUAUUAAAGAUGAUACUAUUUUUAUUAAAGUCAUAGUGGAUACUUCAGAUCUACCAGACCCCUGACACACAAAUGGAGAGGCAGAUUAAACAGAAGACAACUCCAUUUGGGGGUUUUCUAUCAGUUUGUCUUCAAUCAGAGGUCCUAAAGCACAAAGGACCACCUUGUGGAACAGAAGGAAGAGUUUGAAGGCAUAACUUCUUAGGGUCCAAUGGCGAAAGUAGCAACACAUUAAGAAAUCAUACCAUGGUAUAUUUUCUAAUAGAACUCAUAACACUUAAACUCUGAAGAAUUGUUAAUCCCUCAUGAGGAUAAUUAUUACAGUCAGAGAGGCUUUUUUAUUUAACUUAUUCAUCUAGUCAAUUGGAGGUGAAAAGACAUGUAAAGUAUGUGCUGAAUAAACUACCUGACUUUUCUUCAUUUAGACUAGAAUACAAAAAAGUUCACAUGUGGAUUAGCUGGAAACUGUCAGCAUGUUAAGUAAAAGAAGAAAUGAUGAAGUAAUGUUGCAACUAUGAUAUAAUUACUCUGAAAAACUAAGUGCAAUCGUGUCUGAAAUACAGUAUAUUGUCGUUUUAAGGCCUCAUCUGGUCUCUGUUUUAAUAAUUACUUUGUCAGAAGACCUUGGAAAAAUAUCCAGGUCUUCUUGAAAGUAUCUAAAUCAGAAUCAUAUUUUUAUUUAAAGUUAUAUUAAUAAUUGUUACAGAAAACAUUUUAUUUUAAAGCAGUUGAUAGACUGAUAUUUCUUGGAAGAAAAAUAGAAGAUAUCAAACACUGGUUAUCACUUGUGAUAAAAAAAAAAAAAAGAAAUUAUUCAACUAUUGAUGUUAUUUCUCUUUAGAAAUGUAAACCUACAAUAUAUGUCGUAGUUAAUGACACUAUUUCAAAAUUAAGGAAAAAUCACUCAUGGAUGCUGUGCAUCAUUAUCAGAUUUAUAAUUGUUUUCACCCUAAAAUAGGGCAUUUGUUGAACUUUGGAGUUCUAAACGGAAUCCUGUACGCUUUUAAAGUUCUGCCUCAUGCUUUCCAAUCAAGCUAUAUAUAUUGCUGACAGCAUAAAUGUGCAACACCUAAUAUUUUCAGUGUGGGGGAAGAGGAUUAGUGCUGAAAAACAGCCAGUCAUGAUCCUCUAAGUUCAUUCUAUACUAGUGAUCAUUGCAUCUUAUUAAGGAUAUAUGAUCAGAAAGCAAUGGAAAGAUGAUGGUGGCUUGCAUGCAUACAUGUGCCUUAAAUGUGAUGUGCUGCUUAUAAACCAUAGCUUUGUAUUUAGAUUAAUUAUAACACCCAGAAUGGUGGUUUUAACUGGACUUCAGGCAAAAUGUGUAGUCUUGUCUUCAGAGCCCUUAGCUAAUUUGCAACAUGCAAAAUAGAAGCCAAAGUCCAGGUUUGGCUGCGAGAGCUUCUAUGGAAUCCAUCAUGUUCAGGUCCCAAAUGUGUAUGCACACUGCUCCUAUGGAGCUUGGACUUUGACAGUGCCCCUAGGCUAACCUGAAGGAAGAUGUCAUGUUUCCUCCCAAUCCUGUGUAUGGAAGGUGGCAGCACUUUAAAUUGACUAAUCUGAGAAUUCUGAAUGGAUAUUAAUGUAUAUGCUCAUUGUUGUCUGUUCAUGGCAGACUGACAAGCAUCCUAACCGGGAAAUACACAGGUUUUUUUGUUAUAACUGCCUGAACUUCAGCAGCAAGCAUUUCCCAGCCCUGAAACAUGCUGAUUGCAACCCACUGUGUUUAUCUACUUCUGCUUGUUAGUCUGGAAGUAAAGAGUCCAGAGUCUACCUGUCAUCUGGGUGCUACUUUAAAAUCUGAGUGCUGCUUAGAGCUAAUGUAAGAAGCUAAUUAGUACACCUUUGUGCAUAUGAGAGGGAAUUGUGCCGGUCCUCUUGACUGUCAGCAUUGUACCCAUUCAGUUUUCCACUUUUGGGGGCGUAGCCACAAUAUUUACCUAGGGCUCAGUUGAAUUCAUGCCUUUGUAGUUCAGCUUGUCUCUGUUGCCAUUGUCUUUUAUGGCUGUGCCUUCACAAACUGUGCCUGCAAGAAGUACUUUCCUGUUACAAAUAUACAGUGCAUGCUAAGUGGUCUUCAUGGGUUUUCCAGGCACCUGCUAGAAUACUGCCUGCUUCUUGGCAUCCAAAACAUUCCAUAGCAAUCAGUCUUCCUGUUCUUGCCUUCCACUGUCUAGGUACUAUAUUCCUUUUAUGGUACAUAGGUGACAACAGGUGCAGGCUAUUGUAAGGAGGCAUGUGCUAAUGUUUUACUUCUGACACAGAAGGACGACAUCCUGCAGAAGGUCUAUAUGGCACUUGCAGUUUUAUGCAGGCAGCCUAAGUAAACCCAUCACUUAUGCUUUAGAGCAAAGGUUCACUCAACUUGCAUACCAUUCUAAUAGUCAUGAACGUAGGCAGCUGAGCUUUUGUGUAUGUGCAUCACAGAAUUUUACUGAAAACAGGAUUCCCAAGUGGAAAUGUCCAAAGGGCUCUGCUCCCAUUGCUAAUAUAUGUAUUGUGAAAUUUAAAUGAAAAUGUAUGGUCACAUAAGAACAGUUUCUAUCCUGUUUGAAUCUGAGACUGAUUUAGGUGAGAGUUGUAUUCUAAUCAGGCCCCUGUGUGUGUUGCAAUAUUGUAGUUACAGACUCCGUCUUGCAGCAGAAUUAUGUUCCUGAAUUUAAGAUCUUAAACAAAAAAUGAAAUAAGAACAAGUGUAAAUUUAUAGUGUAAUCUUCUUGAAUCUGCAUACAGUUUAUAAUAGUUCUAGGAUGUCUGAAUCACCAGUUCAUUUCAGUAUGAUGUUAACUCUGAAACCUCUUGAUGAAAAUUUAAAUGUCAACAAUAAUUGUUUGCUGGUUAUUUUACCAGAAACAUCAACUAAUGAAUUUAAUCCAUAGUUCUCCAAACUUCAUUCCAUGCUUACUCAGAUGCCAGAAGUCCCAGCUGCCAAAACCUCCAGCUUCAUUCUGACAGCUUCUGUAAUGUAGUAAUGUAUUGUCAAUACAAAAAUCUUUUGGCAUAUACAUUGAUUUUAAUAUCAAGAUAAUCAACAUGGAAUCUGAUACUGUAUUUUUCAUUUUUAAAAAUGUGAAGCUGUCACAGAAUUUCCAGUUUGCUCCCCUUAAUUCUGCAAAAUUUAACUGUAUCCUGCUGUGGAGUACAUCAAUUAUAAUAUCCCCAUAUCUGCAGAACUCACCAGAUAUCCCUGGACUGAGAGAUUUUUGCUGUAUAUGCAAGUGGGUUCCCUCAGCCUCUCAGCAAUGAAAGUAUGUAGCAUUUAGUAAAAUAAGGUCAUGAAAUGUCAUCCAAAUUUAGGGCAAAGAUUCCUUGUGCUUUACUGCCCUGUGGGUCUGGUAAAGUUAUUAAACAUUUUUUUUCCUCCCAGAUAUUUCAGAACUUUUCUGGGGACUAUCUAUAAAAAUGACUCAUAGGGCUAUAUUCUGCCCACAGAUCACACCUUUGAAACCCCAUGAGCCUCAGUAGAGUUGCAUGAAUGCGGUGGCAGGUCCAUGGUAUUUGAGUUACUAGUGCUAAUCAUUACCAUAAACAGAAUUUAGCAAAAAGAUUUAAAGCUACCAGAAAUUGGCUGUUGUAUGCUUUACAUACAGUAUGUAUGUAUUUGUUGUUUAAAAAAAAAAGUGUCAUUCCAAACAGGAUGAAACUAUUUCAGCGUUUAAAGACCAAUCUGUGAUCCUUAUACAUGACCGCGUUUGCAUUACUUCUCUGUUGAUCUUAAAGGGAUCUUGUUUAGCUAUUGUCUACAUGUACGCCUUCACAACUAAGUCAACUGCUGACUUUUUAUAUGCAAUGUUGAUUUCAGCCUUUUACUGUAAAUUUGUUCUUCUCAAAGAGAAUGUGCAAUAGGAAAACAGAAAAGGGUAGCUUAACUUCAGUGAUAAGGAAAUGUAAUGGGUAACAUGCUAGUUAUCUUUAAUAAAUAAAUAAAGAUAAAAUGCAGUUUAUUUGCUCUUCCAAAUUGGUUUUCCAACUUGGAAAAGGAAAGUUGAAGAUAUGAAAUGUACCUGAUGAAUCUCUCAAAUGCAAGGUAAUGGAGAUCUGUGUGUGUUGUAGUUGUAAAAUACUGAACCCAUGAAUGUUAGGGUACGAUUGUACUGCUCAAGUUGCUACCAACUUGCCUUGAUUAUGGCAUGUUGCGACUGAGUUUAAAACCCACCUAUUUGUUAACUGUAGUCCAUCAUGCUGAAUAGGCAUUUCACCAACAAUGCAGUUUCUAAUAACAUUGGUGCUCUGUGGUGCAAGAUAGAAAAGCCUGUAGGCAAUGGUAGAGAAGUAUUCUGCACCUCCUGACUAUAUCAAAUGUUACUGCAGUCUUGAUGCCUUGAUGUUUAACUAUGCAAAUAUAUUAAUAGGUGGAGGGAGAAAAAUAAUCUUAGCUAAUGAAUUUUAGUUACAAACCUAGUAUCUUAGUUUUCACUGUUACAAUGUUAUAUAUAUUCCGGGUUUGUCAUCAGGCAAAGAAUUGUUUGACCAUAUAGAAGUUGUCAAAAUAACCCCAGCCCCCAAAUUAGUCUUGGUCGACUGGUGCAAAUAUUUUUUGCUGCUGUUAAAGGAGACUCAUGGAUAGUAGCAAGCCCUGGAUUCCCAUACUCCAGGUAUGAAGACUCAGCACACUGCACACAAAAUCUGCUUUGUCUCGUGGGAAGUGGGUAGCUUGCUGGAUCCUUCUGAAAACUUUAUAUGGAUGCUCCAUGGAGUGGCGUCUAGUUCACACAUCCUUCCUUUCACUCAGCUAAUCAGGAGAUUCAGGGUUUUGUU